CCAUAUUCGUAUUUUAGCUUUGUAGGCUGCGAACAUUGGGGGACUGGUGUCUUGUCUUGUUUUAACUUUUAAAGUUUCUUUUGAGUUUAUAUAGUAUAGUAGUAUUUGCACACUGGCUUUGCUUGGGUGGUUUCUAGAGUGUCAAGUAGGAACUUUGGGCUUUUACAGUUUAGAAGCAACAUAUACCCACUUGAAGAGGUCUUGUGUUCCACUGGACCAUAAUCGAAAGGCAUCCGUUGAUAUUAGACACUGUAUGGUGACAGCCACUGAGGAGGUUUACGAGUACGAAGGAUUAGCUCAUCGACUGGAUCCCUAAUUGGUUUCCCGCCUCGCUCUCUAUCUCAGUUUUGAAGUUUUACAUAUUGUGUCCAGAGAACUGAACUGUUGGCAGGUUUGAAGUUUACCUUUACUCACUUUUUCUGUCAAACAGUUAAUAGUUUAUUUGUUUUGUUUGGUAUUACUCCUCAAGAUGACCACGAGUACGAUAACCCGAAGUCUGUCUGCCGGAGAACUGCACGGGGACAAUUCUGUGUAUUUGAAUAAUCGCACUAAAGCUGUGGACAAGAAACUUGUUCGAAUUGCCGUUGCCAAACAGUCACUCGCUUUUCGUUCGCGCAAUAACUCCUCUUCUGGAGACAAGAAGGAACAAAUAUUGGUUGCAGCAAUGAAGGAUUUGGAAGGUGUGCUGAGUCUUGGUGAGAGAAAUGCUGAAACUUUUCGUCGUGGUUUAGCCUCUAAACAGCCAACUUUUGUUGAGUUUGGACGUUAUGUCUUCCUUAUCACCGGCUCUCCUUCAGACGACUGUUUGAACAAUUAUAUGGAUACAUUAAAGAGAGCUGGAGUGAAACAUGUUGUUCGGCUAUGUGAGUCAUUAUACAAUGCCGAAAAGUUGGUUGAUGCAGGUUUCAAGCAUCAUGACUGGCCUUUUGAAGAUGGUGGAGUUCCUUCUGGGGAAAUUAUACAGAAAUGGCUUUCGUUGUUGAGUUGUGUGACAGACAAUGAAAAUACUACGAAAACUAUGGAGAGAGCAGGCUUUCAAGGGCUGAAUAAGUCGUCUUCUGUUGCUCUUCGUAAGGAAGAAGUUGGGGAUAAUUCAUCCAAAAUAAGCAUCGCACUUCAUUGCAAGACUGGUUUAGGAAGAGCACCAGUUAUGGUUGCUAUUGCGCUUAUUGAAAUGGGUAUGGAUGCUCUCGAUGCUAUUGGCUAUAUUCGUGCUCGUCGUCGAGGUGCAAUCAACAGUCGUCAGCUUUUAUUCUUGGAGCAAUAUAAACCCAAGGGAUUCCAUAACCUUACCAACGUGCGCAAGGAUGAGCGGCCUUGUCGUAUGAUGUGAUUCUUUGUUAACUCGUGUUGCUUUAGUAAGAUAGUUGUUUGCGUUUGUCAUAAAGAUUCUUUUUAGCUUUAUUUUUCUUUUUUGAGCAGCGUCAUAAUGAAAUCCCAGUUAUGUGGAAGUAUUCUUUGUACACUAAGCCGAGAACGUUUGAACAAGUCCAUAUCGCUCAACUGCUUCGUCUGAUAAGUUUUCAAUUCAUCAAGUGAUACCUUUCUGUUCCACUUUUCUUCCAGUUUAACUUGUACAGCGUACCAAGUUGGACUUUCUUUUGAGCUUUUAGGAUCGUAAUAAGGACUUUCUGGGUCAAACUGAGUUGGGUCAGGAAAGGCUUCCUUUGUUAUCCGAGUUACGCCUACUAUUCCAGGUUCUUUACAGUUGGAAUGAUAAAAGAAAGCCAUGUCUCCUACUUUCAUAGACUUGAGAAUGUUUCUAGCUUGAUAAUUUCUAACUCCAUCCCAUAUGGCACUUUGCUCUGGUUCAUUUUCCAAGUCUUGUAUCGAAAAACGAACGUCUACCCCGUUUUCCAGUCUUGACUCAGGUUCUGACUUGAGUAGAAAGAACUGACAAGAGUUAUUCCGAUCUAUUUCUACACGUUCUUCGUUUCCCUUCGUUCCUCGUCUUUUCGAUUGUGAUAAGGUAGUAAUAGUACGCUUUCGUUUGGUCAUUCAAUUCAAUAAUGAUUGUUGUGUGUU